AUGCUAGCAACGUGUGCUUCAUCUUGUCCACGCAUCAGGAGAAAUAAAAAUCUUCGGCUAAAGUACCGAUCCAAUAAAAGAAUCGUCUACUUUGCAUGCAGGUCAGGUUUCAAGAUAAUUGGUGCUACCUCAGCUAUUUGUAAUAAAAAUACAUGGUCAACAGACUCUCCAAUAUGUGUUGCCCCGGGUUGUCCACUCUUGGAAUAUGAUGACAAUGUCCUCGAUGUGACUUAUACUUACCGUCAUUAUAUUUACAUCGAAGCUUCCGCUCCACGUCGACCCGGCGAUCAGGCAAGAUUGCUCUCCCCUUUAUACAACUUCAAAAUGCAAGCCGUCUGCUUCGAGUUUUGGUUCCACAUGUGGUGUCCUUCUCUAACAAAAGAGACGGGAUCCCUUCAGAUCUAUGCCAUUUCCAAAAAACAAUUAUUAAGCAACUUGGCACCAUUGAUGACGUUGACAGGAGAUUAUGGAAAUUCCUGGAAGCGUAAAAGAAUUCAACUUGAACCAAUGCAAGACACUUUCCAGAUCAUUCUUCAUGCAACUCGCGGGCAAAACCACCAAAACGACAUUGCUGUUGACGACAUCCAACUGUGGGCAGGUCUUUGUGAUGGGAACAUUCAGCAUAUUAAUGGUGGUUUGAGUGAAGACUGGUUCAUGAUUUCAAAUGUUGUGGAUUCGUUUGGCACCUAA